CGGCAACCACUGCAGUCCUCCUCCAGUAUUUCCCCUGUCACGGUUAUUGACAGUAUUACUGGUCGCUGCUUGUAGAAGAGUAAAUCUGACAUUUUUAUUUAACAGGUGACAGGGGCCCAGGAGACAGAGAUGGCUGGCGCAUCGGCACCGAAGCGACAGGACACCCGGAAAUUCUUUGAGAAUCUAUCCGGCGCUGGCAAAUCCAUAGCAGUGCUGACCAGCGGCGGAGAUGCCCAAGGUAUGAAUGCAGCUGUCCGGGCUGUCGUGCGGAUGGGCAUCUAUGUGGGAGCAAAGGUCUACUUCAUCCAUGAGGGUUACCAGGGGAUGGUGGACGGUGGAGACAACAUCAAAGAGGCGAAGUGGGAAAGCGUCUCCAGCAUGCUGCAAGUGGGUGGAACUGUCAUCGGGAGUGCCCGCUGCAAAGAUUUCCGCACCCAUGAGGGUCGCCUGAAAGCUGCACACAACCUUGUGCAGCGUGACAUCACCAACCUGUGUGUGAUUGGUGGAGACGGAAGCUUGACUGGAGCCAACCUGUUCAGGGAGGAGUGGAGCAGCCUGUUGGAGGAGCUCCUGCAGCAAGGUUUGAUCGAUGAGGAAGCGACCCAGAGAAACUCCGAGCUCCACAUCGUCGGUAUGGUUGGCUCCAUCGACAACGACUUCUGCGGCACUGACAUGACCAUCGGCACCGACUCGGCCCUGCAUCGGAUCAUUGAGGUGGUGGACGCCAUCAUGACCACUGCCCAGAGCCACCAGAGGACGUUUGUCCUGGAGGUCAUGGGCAGACACUGCGGAUAUCUGGCCCUGGUCAGCGCCCUGGCAUGUGGAGCAGACUGGGUUUUUAUCCCAGAAAUGCCUCCUGAAGAUGGAUGGGAAGACAACAUGUGUCAGAAACUGUCUGAGAUUCGAUCUCGAGGUUCCAGGUUGAACAUUAUCAUAGUUGCUGAAGGAGCAACUGACCGACAAGGACAACACAUUACCUCUGAUUUUGUAAAGGAUCUGGUAGUGCGCCGGCUGGGUUUCGACACCAGGGUUACUAUCUUGGGCCAUGUGCAGAGAGGUGGAACACCCUCAGCGUUUGACAGAAUCCUGGCAAGCCGCAUGGGCGUGGAGGCAGUGCUAGCAUUACUGGAGGCAUCUGCAAACACCCCGGCCUGCGUCGUGUCUCUGGUUGGCAACCAGGCUGUUCGACUGCCACUUAUGGAGUGUGUUCAGAUGACUCAAGAAGUACAGAAGGCCAUGGAUGAGAAGAAAUUUGAUGAGGCGGUCAGACUGCGUGGCAGGAGCUUCGAAAACAAUCUGAGCACUUACCGACUCCUCUCAUUUCGCAAGGCAGAUUCUGAACUUCCAAAUAGCUCCUUUAACGUGGCAGUAAUGAACGUCGGUGCUCCAGCAGCAGGUAUGAAUGCUGCUGUUCGUUCUGCUGUCAGAGUGGGAAUCACCGAAGGCCACAAAAUGUUUGCUGUAAACGAUGGCUUUGAGGGAUUCUACAAAGGACAGAUUAAGGAGAUCAAAUGGGGAGAUGUUGGUGGUUGGACUGGACAGGGUGGGUCACUGCUAGGGACAAAAAGAACUCUUCCAGGAAAACAUCUGGAUAAGAUUGCUGAGCAGAUGAGGAUUCAUAACAUCAAUGCUCUGCUUGUGGUCGGAGGGUUUGAGGCCUUUGAGUCCAUUCUGCAGCUGUAUGUGGCCCGGGCUGACUACGAGGAGUUUUGCAUCCCGAUGUGCAUAUUGCCUGCCACCAUUAGUAACAAUGUGCCUGGCACUGACCUCAGUCUUGGAGCUGAUACAUCCCUCAACGCCAUUGUGGAGACGUGUGACCGCAUCAAACAGUCAGCUAGUGGCACCAAGCGGCGAGUCUUCAUCAUUGAGACAAUGGGGGGCUACUGUGGCUACCUGGCCACCGUGGGUGGUCUGGCUGCAGGCGCCGACACCGUCUACAUCUACGAGGAGCCAUUUGACAUCCGUGACCUUCAGGCCAACGUGGAGCAUCUGACGGAGAAGAUGAAGACGAGCAUCCAGAGGGGGACUGGUGCUCAGCCUGUUGCCCUUGUGCUGUGUUUUAGAAAUGAGAACUGCAACGAGAACUUCACCACAGAUUUCAUCUACCAGCUUUACUCUGAGGAGGGGCGAGGAGUGUUCGACUGCAGGAAGAACAUCCUCGGUCAUAUGCAGCAGGGAGGAGCUCCAUCUCCCUUUGACAGAAACUUUGGUACCAAAAUUGCAGCCAAAGCCAUGCAGUGGAUCACCCGGACACUCAAGGAGUCCUACAAAGGAGGGAGAGUGUUUGCUAACUCGGAGGAGACCGCAUGCCUGCUGGGGAUGCGUCGCAGAACUCUGGUCUUUCAGCCUGUGGCGCAGCUCCGGGACGAGACAGACUUUGUUCACAGGAUCCCUAAGGAGCAGUGGUGGCUAAAGCUCCGUCCUCUAAUGAAAAUCCUGGCCAAGUAUAAGACAAGCUAUGACGUGUCCGACUCCGGGCAGCUGGAACACGUGACGCGGGUCCGACCCAAAGACAGCAACACCUCGACGGCCAUCUGAACCGCCUCACUUCCACACGCAGAGCUUCACUCCAACAGGACAACAGCUUCACAAAACAGUGACAGCUACUCACUCACUGACUGAUCAGCUGCUGACCGACUGCAAAUAUGUUAAGGUAGAUUAUAAAAGAUAGGUUAUUUUAAAAGAUCUAUUGAAUGGUAAAGUCACGGCACUUUUCAGAGGGGAUUCUAUAUUUUGGGUCAUUGGAUUUGAGAUUUUAUUAAGUAGUAUGAACUUCCUAGCAGCGCUAAUAUUUUAUUUUAUAGAUCCCUAAAAGUAUUAUAUAGGUAAACACACAUUAUAUAUAUGGACCCUGUUCAUUAUGUACUGUAUAAGUAAUUUAGAUUUUAUCCCCUACAGAGUAACUAUAUCUAAUUUUAUUACUUGAAGAUAUGUAGCUGAGCAAAUGUUGUGUAAACACAGCUUGGCUGAAAUCCGGCUUUUGUCACCUUUACCUUGUACUGCACUUUGAGCCCCAUAUUUAAUACGACCCCCUAAAGCUGCUUAUACAGAGAGAAUAUAUUUCACGAGGAUCACAUGCUUUCAGUGUUGCACCUCAAAGUGUUGACCAGGUUGAUUAUAAAAUGUUGAAACUUGAAGGAUGUUUUUCUUCUUGGGGUUUUGGGACAAGCUGGCUGUGUGUCCUGUCACCUGCUAAUUGUGUGUGUGUUGUGUUGUUGCCUUUGCUCUUUGUAUCCACCCUGGGCGUUGUGUCUGGCAUCUUGUAGUGGUUAUCUGUAAGUAGGGUCCAAUUGGCUGUUGCUGUAGCUCCUCAGUGAGACGGAGAGUGUCUGAGACUACACAACAUUUAUGUGCUGGCAGUGUGACGUGUUCUUUCACAGAGUAAUAAAGCAUUUAUUGUGUGGAAACUGUAACUGCUUUGUGUUAUUGUACCUCGCUUUUAUGUGGUUGGCUCUUUGUAUUUGUUUGAUGGGAGGAGCCAGAGAUGUUGAUUGCUGGAUUGAGUCAUAAAUUAAACUGUAAUGUUGUGCAUCUUCACACAGACA